GCUGGAUUGUUGGCAGCUGCUGUUGUUACUGGGGGUUUAAAACCCGCGAGGUGCUUUAAACCAGAUCUACAUCCAAUCACAUGCGGGAUCGAUGAGUGUUGGUCUGAAGGGCUCUGCUGAUGCAGAUGCGCAUUCCGGCGCGUUACACAGCGAGCAGAGUUCUCAAUUAGUUGGGUAGAAUGUGUGCAGACAGAUGCGUAAAGCUUUUACGCAUUGGACGUCCCUUUGUCCCCACCGUGCGUUUUGUCUCUCAGUUCGCUGGAGACCUAUUUUCAUCCCCACUACUUCCAGCUCUGUAUGAGGAAAGCAGUUAGGAGAGUCUGUAGGUGGUUAUUGAUGGACUGUGUGCUUAAAUCUCAUAGGCUAGACGGUUUGGGUACGCUGCGUCCUGCGCUUCAGGUUAACGCAGACUGACCCGUCGUGUGCGCGCAGGCUUCAUCUCAAGGCAUUUGGUCCGAAGGUCAGUUGCAAAAACCGCGAAGCUGCUGUCUACGUGGACUGGUGCUGAAGUCUCACGUCCUACUGCCAGGACCUUUGUCAAAUCCAGAGACAUGGCAACGAACGGCACCAAAACGGACGGACAAGUCACAGAACUGAACGAGGUGGCCACUAACAAUGACAAACCCAAAUCACUGGACGUCAAACCCGAAAAGAACAAAAAGGAGUUGCCUGCCAGGGAAACAUGGGUGGGAAAAUUUGAUUUCCUCCUGUCUUGCGUGGGUUAUGCAAUUGGACUGGGGAACGUGUGGAGAUUUCCCUAUCUCUGUGGGAAAAACGGAGGAGGAGCCUUCCUGAUUCCCUAUUUUUUGACCCUGAUAUUUGCUGGGGUCCCAUUAUUCCUACUGGAAUGCUCACUUGGUCAGUACACGUCCAUUGGAGGGCUUGGUGUGUGGAAACUGGCUCCUAUGUUCAAAGGUGUGGGCCUUGCAGCUGCUGUCCUGUCCUUCUGGCUUAAUAUUUACUACAUAGUGAUUAUUGCUUGGGCCAUUUACUACCUGUACAACUCAUUCGCCACUGAACUUCCAUGGAGCUCUUGUAACAAUCCAUGGAACACAGAAUUAUGUUACACCAACUACUCCAUCAACGACACCACCAACCUGAGCAGUGCUGUGAACGAGUUUUGGACGCACAACAUGCAUCAAAUGACUGACGGUUUGGAGAAACCAGGCCAGAUCCGAGUGCCACUGGCCAUAACACUUGCCAUCGCCUGGGUCCUCGUCUACUUCUGUAUUUGGAAAGGAGUUAGCUGGACAGGAAAGGUGGUUUACUUCUCGGCCACGUACCCCUACUUCAUGCUCUUUAUUCUCUUCAUCCGUGGGGUGACUCUACCCGGAGCUAAAGAGGGAAUUCUGUUCUAUAUCACCCCUGACUUUCAGAAGCUGAAAGAAUCAGAGGUAUGGCUGGAUGCAGCUACCCAGAUCUUUUUUUCCUACGGAUUGGGACUGGGGUCACUUAUAGCUCUGGGCAGCUAUAACACCUUCAAUAACAAUGUUUAUAGAGACUCUGUCAUUGUGUGCUGCAUCAACUCAUGUACCAGCAUGUUUGCUGGCUUUGUCAUCUUUUCCAUUGUUGGCUUCAUGGCGCAUGUGACAAAGAAAGACAUUAAGGACGUAGCAGCUUCAGGUCCCGGCUUAGCUUUUCUUGCCUACCCAGAGGCUGUAACCCAGCUGCCUGUCUCACCUCUCUGGGCCAUCCUGUUCUUCUCCAUGCUGCUCAUGCUGGGGAUAGACAGCCAGUUCUGCACGGUGGAAGGCUUCAUCACUGCCCUGGUGGACGAGUUCCCCAGGGCUCUCCGAGGCCGACGAGAGAUCUUCAUCGCUGCUGUCUGUCUGGUGUCCUAUCUGAUCGGACUUUCAAACAUCACACAAGGUGGACUCUAUGUGUUCAAACUGUUUGACUACUACUCUGCCAGCGGGAUGUGUCUGCUGUUCUUGGUCUUCUUUGAGUGCAUCUCCAUAUCCUGGUGCUAUGGUGUGAACAAGUUCUAUGACAACAUCCAGGAGAUGAUUGGCUACAGACCCUGUAUAUGGUGGAAGCUGUGCUGGGUCGGGUUCACUCCUCUCAUUGUUGCUGGCGUGUUCUUGUUCAGCGCCAUUCAAAUGGUUCCUCUCACGAUGGGAGACUACGUGUUCCCAGGCUGGGGUCAGGGAGUGGGCUGGCUCAUGGCGCUGUCCUCUAUGGUCCUCAUACCAGGAUACAUGGUCUACAUGUAUCUUGGUCUCAAGGGCACUUACAAGGAGCGCCUUCGAAUAAUGUUUCAGCCUCCCGCGGUCACCAGGCGAUGUCAGGAGAACGGACCUGAGCAGCAAGCAGAAACCAACGCCGCUAACCUCUCCAGCCCUAACAAUCCAGCCAGCCCCACCAGCCCCGCCCCCGCUAACACCGCCAGCCCCGCGGCACCUGCUCCAGCAGCAGCUAAUCCAGCCUCCAGCCCAGUGAACCCGGCAACAAGCCCCACCGCCACCAUCACCACCACAGUCACAACAACCAGUCCAGUUAACCCCAUCAUGACAACUGUUAGCCCAACCAGCCCGCCUCCAAACCCAACCAGCCCAACAGAGCCCGUCAAUCCCCCCAAACCGACGAGCCCGACUUCUAACCUGAGCAACGCCGAGGCCAACGUGUAAACAAAGAAACCCUCAUGGAGCAUUUAGACAAAAAAGAACAUUGCAAAGGACUUCCAAGAUUUUAAUUGAUUUACCUACCUCCGAGGGCAAUACGUGAUCCAAACCGAUUUUAAAACCAUGUUUCAUUUUUCUGCGUUUGUUAAAUCAAGCCAACGAUGUCUCGCUGUUGGUUUGCGUUCUGAUAACAACAUCAAAGACUGUUAGAGUUCACGAAUACAACCGGAAUUCUGAAUUUUAAAAAAAUUGUAAACAUACUGUGUAAUACUGUGAGAAAAGAAAAAAAUCCUUGAGACAUAGAUUAGAGAUUUGUUGAAUAUCUUCAUGAAUCAAGUAAAUACCGUGUGACUAUUGUAGACGAAGUAGUAAAACAAACUUAACAUCAUAGAGGAGUGCAAGGGAUGGCGUCGUGUUUAUUUUUUGUGGAUGUUUACUGAACCUCACACAGUUGUCUCUUUCCGAACGUCGCUCUCUGUGAGGUCAAACUACAAUGCCGCGAGGCAAACGGGGAGCUCUGAGCUAAUCACAAUGCCAGUAAGAAGUUCACGUUUAGCAGCUCUGGAGCGAUCCAGCGUUUGUUGCAAGAGAUUUUGUGUGUGUGUGUGUGUGUGUGUGUGUGUGUGUGUGUGUGUGUGUGUGUGUGUGUGUGUGUGUGUGUGUGUGUGUGUGAGAGAGAGAGACUGUUAUUUUCCCUUCCUUUUUUCAGCGAAAAAAAGAGAGAGAUAAAACUUUUAUGUGAUCAAAGCAUUUUUAGAAUUAUUUUUAGGAUGUUUUAUACUAUAUAUAUAAAUAUAAAUAUAUAUAUAUAUAUGUAUGUGUGUUGAAACAAAGGACCAAAAUCAAUAGGCAGACAAAAGCAAAAACUAUGCCGUUUUAGUAUUUGGCCGGCAAAGCACAGGGUACACAAACGUACAAUAAACAGAAGAAGAAGAAGAAGCACAGGGUUAAAAAGUGAUUUACUAACAUUGACUAUCCUUUAUGAUGCUGACAGUCAGUCCUGUUUACGUUUGCAUGGUUUCCUCAGGAACAAAGUUUCUCAAAUGUCUCCUGACAAAGAAAAAAGGCCUUAAGCCAGUAGAAAAUAAUUUAGACAAGCCAUAGUCUGUUUACAUGACUGGCAGAAAUAUAAAAUACCACUUUUUACGCUGGCACAAAAAAAAAACUGAAAACAUUUUUAAAAAACGGGACCAACUCUGUGUUUAAGUACAGUCAUGAUUUCAUUUUUCUCUACGUGUCACGAUCAGUCAUAGUUGGAUCAGUAUGUAUUCAGCAAUACAUAUGUAGGUGUUUCAGUGCAGGCCGGUGAGCAAGUGGUCUGUUUCUGUUCCUGUCGUCUUCUGGUCGCCUAGUGAAAAAAGCACAAAGCUUUAAUUUUCCAGACGUUUUCGCCAUAGCGUGUUCGGACAAUGUGAGUUUGCUUCUACACGGCAGCUACUGUGAAAGAAAGGCAUCCGGUUGAGCAGAACAGGUUCACCUCGGAAAGGCAACACAACCGAGCGAAAAAAUAAAAAAGUGAAAUGGCUACAAGUUCAUGUCCUGUGAAUUUUGUAUAAAGUUAACUCUACCACAGUUUUUCUCUGGAAGUUCGUUGUAAAACUGUACCGUGUAAAACAUGUAACUGUGAAUGUCUGUACUACAUUGGAAGUUAUUGUCUAAAUGUUGAAAAAAUGGACGUUGCUGUUUUCUGCAAUAAUAUUUUGACCACAGAAGCUAAAGCACAUAUCUUAUAGAAAUAUAUGAGAUGAUGAUGACAAUGAAGAUAUUGAUGAUUAUAUUAAAGAUAGAAACUAUGUCUAGUUAAAUUCUAUUGUUUUGUAUAUUUUUAACUGUCUCACUGCCUAAUGUAAAACAUAAUAUAAACAUGAUAUGUAUCUAAAUGGUGUCAAAUGAUAAAGCACGAUUGUUCUGUUAUACAAACCGAAAAAAAUAUAUAAGACUGAACAAAUAAAGAGUUAUAGAAAUUAUGAAUACAA